AGUAUAAUUACAAUCAACUACAAUAAAAGCGUUCAAUUCCUUUCUGAUUCACGCUAUGUACUUGUGUCAUCGUGUCUAACCUUCGCAAAGACCAUCCACAGUGGUGGUCAUAGAAAAUAAACCUUUUGACAGAUCAAACGUUUGACAGGUGCCAUCGCAAAGCAAAAAUGGCAAGAUGUUUUUGCCUCGGAUAUCUUUUCAUAUUUGUUAUUAUAAAUCUAGCGGCUGCAAUCAGAGUAAAAGAUAUGAUCUAUACAUCUUUUGAAGGAGUUUCUGCGUGUUUCCGUAGACAUAAUGGGACACAUCAAUUUGGAUGUUCUUCAAGCAGAUCGGGAAGUAUUGGAGUUGUUCAUUUAGUUGAAAGAGAAGAGGAUGUCAGAUGGCUCGAGCAUAAUUCCACUGCUGGACCUUAUACAGUAGUCCUUCCAUUUUCUAUGUUCACUAAAAAUGUAUUAUUUCGAUUACGGGAUACCAAAAACAUCAAUGGAGUCUUACUAGCAAAAAAUGUUAGCCAGCCGUAUCCAGAUUCAUAUUCUCCUGAAGACACUUGUCCAAAUAGGUACUCAGGAUUUAAAAACUGUACCGAUUCUUCUCCCUGGAAUCCAUAUGGUUCCUCGUUGCUUUUGGAAGAUUGGCCCUUUCCAAUGUUUUAUAUAGAGAAUGAAACAAGAAUCGAAGAAGUAAAAUCUUGUUUCUUCAAAUAUAACAAACAUGAUUUAGAAUCCCAGCGACAAAGACCGCUGUGUGCACUAGAAAUGAAAUCAUUCAUGUUUGCUGCUGUCGAUUCAGGAACAUGCAUUAGACGCAAUGACUUCAAUUUACAUAUUGAUCCAAUAUUGUAUUGUGAUCCGUUGGGGGAUAGAAAUAUACAUUGGCCUCUAACUCCGCUAAAUAAAGACGAUAAAAAUUCGAUUAUAUUAGUAACAGCCAGACUGGACGCAUCUUCUUUAUUUGAUAGAAUAUCACCUGGAGCAGAAAAUGUAGUAACCGGAUUAGUAACACUACUUGCCACUGCCUAUCAUUUGAACAACUUAUUUAAAAAUGCUACAUUAGCAAGUAACAGAAAUAUUGUUUUCUCUUUAUUCAAUGGUGAAGCAUUCGAUUACAUAGGUUCCAGUAGAUUGAUUUAUGAUCUAAAGGAAGGUCAUUUCCAUGCCUUGGGUGGUGUAAAGUUGAAGUUCGAUGACAUCGAGUCUGUCAUUGAAUUCGGUCAAUUAAGUAAAGAGAAUGUAUAUCUUCAUUCUAAUAAUGGAAGAAACAAUACACUAAUAGAAAGCCUCCAGAAAGAGUUACAUGCAGAUGUUUUGGAAGAUAGUAUCCCACCUACGUCAAUACAAAGCUUUUUAAAAGAAAAGCCAGAUUUACCAGCAGUUGUUAUAAGCAACCAUAGAGCACAAUUUAGAAAUAAAUAUUAUAAUGGAAUUUUAGAUGAUGCUCAAAAUCUAUAUUUUAACAAAACCGACUCAGAUGCCCUUACAGCUGCUUUAGCAAAGAUAGCAAUUAGUGUGGCCGAGGUCCUUUACAAAAACGUUACUGAGAAAUCAACUCCUCCUAUAAAUGAAACUACUCGAACAGAUAUUGAAUAUCAUAUUUCUGAAAUGUUGUCUUGCUAUCUAAAAAGUGCCAAGUGUAAAUUAUUCUUGGCUGCAUCGCCUCCAGGCGCUAAACUAAUCAAUCAAGUUCUGCCCCUAUAUGUGGGUGUACACAAAGUACUAAAUACUGCCACAACCCUAACCGGUCUGCUGCUUGCUUUCUUAACUAGACAGGAAUUAAACAUGAACGAAACUACAUGUUACGAAAAGCAUCUUAUUUGGAUGGCUGGCUACAACUGCUCAGGCAUAUGCAUUAAUUCUACUGUAAAUUAUAGCGCAGCUAUGAGUCCUGCAUUUAUUAUUGACGGAUACAACAUGAAAUUAAAAACUUAUUCGACGUGGACAGAAUCCAUAUGGGAAACCUUAAGUGUAAGAAUGUUUUUGAAACCUCCAGAGUCUACACAGCGACUUAGUAUGAUUCUUGGUAGUGUAGUAGCUGUCAUGUCAUUCAUUCUUGUAUGGUUCAUCGAGUCUCGAUCCGACAUACUAUUUAACACAAGAAGAGCAACGGAUGGCUAGGAACGAGCUGCGGACCACAUAUCAAUGACCAGAUUGGAUCAUCUCAAGGAUAAAGAUGUUCCAGUAACGAGUCUUUAAAUGUAUGUGUGGUACGCCCUCGGACAAUUUUUAUACCUCAAAAUACUGACACAUAUUCAAAUACCACCGUCGUUUUAUUUCAUUAAUGUCGUGAAAUUUUUGCUUAUCCUUCGAUCAAACUUUUGCACUUUGCUGUUAUUAUGUUAAGAACGAUCUCAUCGGUUCGCUUUCUCUUCGACGGUCUUCUUUUUAUUUCACUGUAAAUGAUAAUAUAUCUAAGUACAUUUUCACGUAAAUUCAAUGGACGAUAAUAGAUGGAAACUUUUUAUAUUCCAACCAAUAUUUAGAGCAUUACAUCAGUAUCGCAGAGUGAUAAGCAGGGUAUAUUAAUAUAGAAAAAAUAUCUGCUAACCAUUCGAAUACUAUGGAAUAAUUUUGUACAUAGUAACAAACGUACAUAUUUUACAUAUAUGACUAAUGUAAAUUAAUACGUUCAAUGCUCGUAGUCUGAAUAGUUAACGAAGUACUUUGAACAACUAUUUAAUUUCAUAUCAUUCACGUAUUCAUAAAUAUUAGUAUUAUAAAUGUCAUGUCAUCACAUUAUAUUUGGUAAUGUAUUUAAGUAAAACUUCAACAAAUCUGGAGUUUACCAAUGAAUUACUUUAGCCAUCAUUUUUGUACUACUGUAUUUCUUGCAAUUUAUAUUUGUAUCAUAUACUAAUUAAUUGAUGUAGCAGCAGGAUAUUUCAUUUGUUUGGAAGAUUCUUGCUCGUGGAUUUUCUCAAAACUAGGUAGCUAAUUGUACGAAGCGGUUAAGUGAAGUUGACAAUGUUGUAAUACACGUAAUCUAAGAAAACAUUUUGUCACUUGUA